AUGCCCAAAAAAGUCCGCAUGACCUCGCCCGUGAUCACCCGCAGGAAGGUCGUCGUGCCGUCGAUGGAGGUCACCGCCAUCACCUCCGCAUCCCCAAGCGAGGCCGGCGAGAGCGCGAGGUCGGUGAUGGCGGCGCGCGCGCUCAGCAGGUGCCGAAUGUGCACAAUAGGCGGCUUCCCACCACAUUUUCCCCUAAACGCCUUUGGGUUGUCCUUAUCCGCGAAGGGGCUACCAUGGGGCAACCCACCGUUCGCGCCCACAUCGGUCUGGCCGGUGUUUUUCCCGUUUGAUUUCCCCUCUAGCCCAGUGGUGGAACUCGAAAUUGUAUUCUGGCGAUAA